AUGUCAACGAAGAUAGCAUAUCAACAUUACUUGCGUGCACUGUCACGCUGGCCUCACGAUGUUCUUCGUCCGGAGUGCCGAUUCCAGGAUGUCCUACGACGACGCAUCGAUUUGAGAUUACUGCCGAAAGCUAACCAAAAUGGUCAGGAUUCGUUAGCACGCAGUGUCGUGCCGAAAAAGAUUAACGAAAAAGAUGAAUUAGCACAGGCUAAUUCUCUCUAUCUUCUGCUAGAAGAUCGUUUCUGCAAGAAGGCAAGCUUGUGA